AAAGAGAGAGAUAAAUUUGUGAAAAAUUUAUUUUGGGUGUUUGAUGUGUAUUUGUAUGAAAGGAGGAGAAGUCUAAUCAUAAGAGGAUGAAUCAGCUUCAAGCAUCUGAGUUUGUUGAACUUGAUCCAACUGCCAGAUACGGCAGAUACAAUGAAAUCCUCGGCAAAGGAGCUUCCAAGACAGUAUAUAGAGCAUUUGAUGAGUACCAAGGGAUUGAAGUUGCUUGGAAUCAGGUUAAAUUGUAUGAUUUUCUGCAGAGCCCUGAAGAUCUCGAGAGGCUUUACUGUGAAGUUCAUCUCCUCAAGACGUUGAAGCACAGAAGCAUAAUGAAAUUUUACACUUCUUGGGUUGAUACAGCGAACAGAAAUAUCAACUUUGUGACUGAAAUGUUCACUUCUGGUACCCUUAGACAAUAUAGGCAAAAGCACAAGAGAGUUAACAUUAGGGCAGUGAAGCAUUGGUGUAGACAAAUCCUGAGAGGGCUUCUCUAUCUUCAUAGCCGUGACCCACCUGUGAUCCAUAGAGAUCUUAAAUGUGAUAAUAUUUUUGUCAACGGAAACCAAGGGGAAGUUAAGAUUGGGGAUCUUGGGUUGGCAGCAAUUGUCCGCAAGUCCCAUGCUGCUCAUUGUGUAGGAACGCCCGAGUUCAUGGCACCAGAAGUUUAUGAAGAGUCGUAUAAUGAACUAGUUGACAUAUAUUCCUUUGGGAUGUGUGUAUUAGAAAUGGUCACAUUUGAAUAUCCUUAUAGCGAAUGUAGCCAUCCAGCACAAAUCUACAAGAAAGUUAUUUCUGGGAAGAAACCGGAUGCCUUGUAUAAAGUGAAGGAUCCAGAAGUGCGAAAAUUUGUUGAGAAAUGCCUGGCAACAGUGUCUCUAAGGCUCUCUGCAAGGGAGCUUCUAGAUGAUCCUUUUCUUCAGAUUGAUGAUUAUGAGUAUGAUUUGGGACCGGUGGACAGUGGAUCAUUUGAUGACUUGGGUCCUCUUACCCAUCAGCCAUUCUUUGAUCUCCACCGGACCUAUAGUAACAUGAGUACUGAAUACUCGAAUGGCUUUGAAUAUGAAGGAGACUGGUAUUCUCAUCCAGCUGAGAUUGAACCUAGUGGAAUUGAACUUUUCGAGUGCCAUGACGAUGAAGCCUCUGAAGAUGUUGACAUAAGCAUUAGAGGCAAGAGGAAAGAUGACGGUGGCAUCUUUUUGAGACUAAGAAUUGCAGACAAAGAAGGCCAUAUUCGGAAUAUUUAUUUCCCAUUUGACACAGAGACGGACACAGCAUUAAGUGUAGCAACUGAAAUGGUUGCAGAACUCGACAUUACUGAUCAGGAUGUUACCAGUAUAUCAGAUAUGAUAGACGGGGAAAUUGCUUCCUUGGUACCUGAAUGGAAGCCAGGACCAGGAAUUGAAGAAACUAACCAUUAUUUAAAUAAAAUUGUUUGUCACAAUUGUGUGUCUAAUCAAGGCAGAAAGAACUUGCAGCUUCCUCAAUGUUGUAGGCAUGGAUGUGCUUCAAUGCAUGGGCGCUUCGAGGAGAUUACCUUCCCAUCUGAGUGUGACAAUCAUGUUAGAGGGGAUGCACCUAUCAAAUCAAGCCAAUCAGACUGCUUGCAGUAUCAGGAGUCAUGGAAUCAUCAUGAAAGUUGUGAACUGAGUCCAGUAGAGUCUGACCAAAGUCAUUCUGGCGAGCAAUAUGAACAAUUUGAUAAACCAGUAUUAGCAGAAGACAAAGAAGGAAAGGGUAUUUGGGAAAACAAGUUUGCACAUGAUCCAGGAAACCCCCCACGAAGUUUAUCAGGAAAUUAUUUCUCUGCUAUCCGUUUUUUAUGUUGUGGCCCUGAGAAUGAAUAUGAGAAAGAGGUUCAACAAGAAAUGAGAUGGAUCAAAGCAAAACACGAAAGGGAGUCAAGGAAACUUAGGGAUAAACUGUUUGGUAUAGCAGCUAAAUCUUCACAUACCAGUAACAGAGAGCACAAAACCCAACAAGGCAUUAUGCCACCACUGCCACAAACAGUAAACGGAGUGGACCAUGGUAUUCACUUGAAACCCUUGGGUAAUUUCUGGAAUUAUGAUUCAGUUGCCGUUCUCAAGUCCAAAAGAACCACCCCAAUUUGGGCACCCAAAGGGCCCAAAAUUGUGAGGUGAUGUAAUCUCACAAAGAAGGUAUGGUUACUGCAAAGAGUUUUUACUCAGGGUCGCUUAGAGACACUCUACACAGGACAGUUUCCCUUCCUGUUGAUGCUGUGGAUAUAUAAUUUUAUGAUAGUCGUUGCAUUCUUUUGUGCAUUAUAUACAUACAGUCCUAGAGGCUAUCUGAUUUCUACACCCCACCUUUUUUCUGUCUUGGAAUUUCAAUUUCCCCACAAAGAUACAAAAUCCUUUCCUUACAAAAGUAUCAAUAUACAGUACAGUGUCAUAUAUUUAGAAUAAACAGAUUUUAUUAUUUUAUUUUUUUGGGUGAGGAGGAGGUGAUCAAUCAUGAACGUGGCUUGUGUAAUAGUACUUAGUAUGACAAUCGGUCAAGUCUACAUGCAAUUUUGUGUAAGUCUUUUUUGGAAAACAAAUUGUAUUGGAAUUGCUAGGAAUGAGAAAACAACGUGUCACAGUUGCAUUA